AUGACUCUCGGCGACUCCAUCCGUAAGGGCGUGGGCAUGGUUCACGGAACUGGCGAGGCCAUCCGAGGCAAUGCCAUGUCCAUGGUCGACGAAGCGAGCGGCGACAAGGCGAGCGCAAUCAAGAACAAAGAGAUUGCCAACAAGGGAGUCGACGAGUGGGAUCGAGGCUACCGAGGCCACCCUGCCGACGCCGGUGUUACUCCUGCUGACGCUGAUGCCCACCGCGAACGCAUGAACACGGCCGGCACCACGGCCACAAACUACGGCUCGCAUAACUCGAACAUUGGCAACAAGGUCGACCCCAGGUACGACUCUGACCUCGACCACAGCGGUACCGCGACCGACUCUACAAACGCUGGACCGCAUUCCACAAACGUUGGCAACAAGAUGGACCCGCGCUUCGACUCGGACGUAGACCACCGCGCUGAUCCCACAUCCAAAGUUGGCGGCUUUGACGAUGCCUGGCACCCGCCAUACGAAUCCCAGCAUGACCCAAACCCUCCACACGAGCACCGCGGUUCCAUCGGCGGCUCAUCCGGACUAGAGACUGCGAACAAGCUCGACCCUGUAUUCACCGUCGGGUUAGACGAGGAAUCGAUGAAGUAUACAAAUCACCCCAACAUCCACCGUCUCCGCGGCUCGAUAAGAGGCGCUUCAAGUCUUGCGGCUGCUCAGAAGCUUGACCCACCUGAACAGACGGCACCGUAUGCACCUGACGAGGUAUAUGCUGGUGGCCCUGGCUACAGCCAACCUGGCCCUUGCUACCACCAACUGAAGCCUACGCAUCAAAGCAGCGUUUUGAACAUGCUUGAUGAGGAUGUCGAGCCAGAACAAUAUCCUCCUCCGAAUCGCGCUACUGCAGAGCCCGUACCGCAGUACGAUGACGGCUCCGAUAACUCAGCACAACCAGAGUCAGGAAGGUACUCGCCCGACUCAGACGACGAACUUCAUCGCAUAUCUCGCCGCCGAAGCCGUAAGUUCAUUCUCCGCAGACUGUCACAUUUUUUUGUUGGAGGUGGCUCGCCACAUGUCUUUCGCAAAGGCUUUGAGCAUGUGGCAGCCUCAACGUACAGCUUUUGCUAA